CUUUCUCCCCCUCAAGGUGCCUCGUUGGGACCUGCACUGUCCUUACAGCAGCUCGAAAUGUCCACCAUCCUCCCUCUCGAGCUCGUCGACCGCGCAACAGGUUCCCAGGUCUGGGUCAUUAUGAAGACCGAGCGCGAGUUCACGGGCACCCUCGUCGGCUUUGACGACUACGUCAACAUGGUCCUCGAGGACGUCACCGAGUACGAGAACACGCCUCAAGGCCGGAAAACGACCAAGCUCGGCCAGACCCUCCUCAACGGCAACAAUAUCGCCAUGAUCGUCCCAGGCCGUGGUCCGGAAGACGAUGCAUGAGCGGCGACGACCUGUCGACGAGCGAGGUCGCGAGGGUGGUCGAAGAAGGAGUGUAACGCUAGCCCCGCCCUCGUCGAGGGCAGGAUGUACUCGUCUCCCAUGCCUGCGU